UCUUUCAGGCCCGCACCGAUCGCUUGAACAAGCGCAUCUCGAUAAAUGACGAUCAUAUUUAAUACAGCAUAUAAGAGUAAACCGUCAUUCACUACCACAGCACAUCCAGUGUGUCAAAAUCAGACUUCCGUUGCAAUUAUCGUCACCCCAGGCACAAAAUGGCCCUCAUUACCACCCCAAUCACCCAGCUCCUUCGCAUCGAGCACCCUAUCCUCUUAGCAGGGAUGGGCCACACGGCCGGCGCUGACCUAGUGGCCGCAGUUUCUAAUGCUGGGGGUCUGGGGGUGCUCGGUGGGUUGGGCUAUACGCCACAGAUGCUCCGCGAUGCUAUUAUCGAAGUGAAGCAGAAGCUCCGACACCCGGACCUUCCCUUUGGCGUGGACUUACUCCUCCCCCAGAUGGGAGGUUCAGCCCGCAAGACCAACGUCGAUUACACGAAGGGGGCACUUGACGAGCUUGUCGACAUUAUCAUCGAAGAAAAGGCGACGCUGUUUGCGUCAGCGGUGGGAAUCCCUCCGAACAGAGUUGUGGAUCGGCUGCAUGAAGCGGGCAUCUUGUACAUGAACAUGGUCGGCCAUCCAAAGCAUGUCCACAAAGCCUGCCAAGCGGGUGCCGAUCUCAUCUGUGCCCAGGGCGGGGAAGCAGGCGGCCACACGGGCGAGAUCCCGACAAGCGUGCUCAUCCCCGCAUGUGUGGACGUCUGCCGAGAAUAUACGUCUUCUCUCACGGGGAGGACUGUCCAGCUCGUGGCAGCGGGUGGGAUCUUCGACGGGCGGGGCGUGGCCGCGGCGUUGGUGAUGGGCGCCGGCGCGGUGUGGGUCGGCACGCGUUUUGUUACGGCACGCGAGUCUGCCGCUUCAAAGCAUGGCAAGAAAGCAAUCAUCGACGCAGGAUUCGAGGACACGAUGAGAAGUACCCUGUGGACGGGGCGACCAUUGCGGGCUCUAGCAACACCAUAUAUCCGAGAUUGGGAGCUCAACCGUCGCGAUGUCAUUGAGAAAUUGCAGAGCGAGGGGCUGGUUGUACUCGAUCACGAGCUGGAUAGGCUUGCACAAGAAAGAAAAUUGACAGAUGAGAUUGAGGAUCAAGCCACUCAGAGACCUAUGGGAUGUGGCGCCGCUAUGGUAACCAAAGCAGAUCAGUCCGCACAUGAAAUCGUCUUGGAGAUGGUGGUUGAGGCCUUUGGACUGCUGAGAGGAGCUAGAAAAUACGUAGAUCAGCCAUCGAAGCUCUGAUUGACAGAACUUCAUAUCCUAUAGAUGAAUGUAUGUCUAUUGCAAUCACAUUUAGUAUGCAGUCGCCAUUACAGGUUGUAUUUUUACAAUGAAUGAAUGAGCGAG